UUCUCGCAUAAUUGACAGACGCCUGUUGUGCCAGCCAGGCUCAUUGACGUCAAUGGAUUUCAGCGAGCACCGCCCUACGUGGCCAGGAGGCGGGACCGGCCGCCCUCCCCUCCUCCCCCCCUCCCCACCCGCCAUUGGUGGAAAUAAGAGCGAUCUCCAGCGGGAGCAGCGCACGGCUCUGCUCUGAUUUGUCGCUUUGGACGACGUUGAUUUGUAAGUGACAGCCUGCUCAAGGACACAAAUCGGUUACAGUCGAGGCUGGACACACACAGUCUUGCAACAGUUCGGCCGUUGUGGCAAUUUUGUUUGGAAAAAAUAAGAGUCGGCGAUGAAUGCAACGAGAAAGGAGACGCGAUAGAAGACAAAAAGCGUGAAAGAGCAUUUCUGGAUCAUCUUCUGAGUAGAACCUACUUUGUAUGCCACCUUUCCCCGUGCUUCUCUCAAUGGAUACCAGACCCGCCCAUCCUUCCUCCUCCAUGUUGGCGGGCCCUUCCUCGCUGUGGCGGCUGGCCGAGAGGAGGAGCAGGAAGGCUGGCUCAGGGAACAUCUUCAGCAACGUGAACCUGUGGCAGCUCCAGAGGCUGUUCAGGGCGGCGGGGGACCAGGAUGCAGAGCAGAGGGCUCAGCUGGUUUGGGGCCACAGAGAUGAAGCUGAACUGGCUCAGGCCUUGAUAGGACUGAGGGCCCGAAGUCACCGAAGAGGGCUGAGGACUAACGGAAGGGCUGCACUGGGCUCACACUGGCUGCAAGCCUUCAAUCACCUCAGGAUUGGGGAGAGCUCACCAAGCAGCAGUCAUAUGGAUCCUGGGGAGGACAAUGAUCCUGAAGCACCGAGCAGUCCGGAGUCCAGCAGACACACCUCAGCAGCGACAACAGGAAGAGAGGUGGGGGCCAAAAUGGGACUACCUGAGAGCCAGAGUCCUGCAGGGACAUCUGAGAGACCAGCAAGAACCAGCUCAGGACUGAGGAGAGGAGGAGAGAACAACCCAGAGAGAUACCUCCACCGAAUACUCCACUGACUCGGCUGUCAAAACUGGAGCAAGGCUGAGUGAACUUCCAUGAAAAGUAACUGAUAAGCUUGUCUGUGACCUUACAGUUUCAGGUGAAACUGUGUUGCAAGUUGAAGCAAUAGAAUAGUUCUCUUAUUGCCAUAAUGUCUGGUCUGUUAAUAGCAGCUGGAAGUAUAUUGGCACUGCACUGUUACUGCUGGAGACACAUCUCCAAUUGAGUAUUUCAGUACAAACCACUGACUGGCUCAAUGUGUCUCACAGCUUUUUUUUUUUUUGUAAUGAUUGCCUCUCAAGAACUGCCUUAUAUGUUUUCCUAAAUUCAUACUUAUAAAAGUACUUAUGAUUAUUACCAAAAUUAGGGCAGUAGGAGUGUAGGUAGUGAUGUGACUAGUAGUUCAGCGACGUACAAGUCAAUAACUUUCAGCUUUAAGAGAACACUAUAUGGCAAAGUCACUUUAAAAAUGGUCCCGGCUCCAUUUUGACCUAUUGAUUCCGUCUGAAUGCACUGACAACGUAACACUCUAGACGUGCUUAUGAACAGCUGUAUUCAUUUUUUAUACCACAAAAAGCCAUUUAUGUACUUACAUAUAAUAUUCUUUCUGUAUCUUAGCUUAAAAUAGAUGUCAAUGUCUUGAUUUUGUAUUUACACUACUUGAUGUCACAAAAAGGAAAAAAUGUUCCAACUGAGAUAUAUUAAGUUUUACAUCCCAUGUCCCUGCCCUAUGUUACACAACACUAGAAAGGCUCAGACUGGGAGGAAUGUUAGGAGUGAGGACACGGAAAUAAGAUUUAUUUCUUACCAUAGAUGUCAUUGUACAUUCAGGGAUGAUGAGUAAAAUGCAAUUUUACUGAUUGAACACGUACUUUAACCAUUGUACCAUGGGCCUGAGCCUGUUAAUGGUUUGUAUUCAUUAAGGAGAAAUCAAUAGAGAGCAAAGAAUGUUUAUUGACGCUGAUGACAGAGAACAACCAGAGAUUAUACACUGUUCGUGCGAUGCAUUCUUGAUAAGAAUAGGAGAUGAGAAGAAUCCUCCUGCUAGUGUUGGAGUAAAUAAGGUGUUGUAGUUGAAACACCUGGAUCACCGUGCUGGAAAAGGUGGUGCUGCAGAAUCAUAUAUCUGAGAUACAGAAUGACAGAAGCACAGUGACAUUUAAAGAGCAGCAACAGGCCGACUGAUUGGCUCACCACUGUGCCAUCAAAAAUGGAUGAAAGGAAUUUUGACUGAAAAAGGAGAGGCAGUGGUGGAGCAGAUCAAAGCGUAAAAGCAGGAUGAUGGCAUAAAUUCCCAAUGAAUUACAAGUGAGAAGUUCAGGAUUUUCCUCAGUGAAUUUUCACCAAAGCUUUAUAUUUGAAACUUGAAUUGUCAUAGUUAACUGGGUACAGACCAAAAAUAAUACAUUACAAGUCCGAUGUCUCCUUGUGGAGGAAAAGACAAACUUGAAAAAGCAGUACUCUCAUAAAAUGUUCAUGGUACCAGUGUGAAAACCUGCUGUGCCUGUGACAAACAAACCUCACAGAUUGCUGGAAACUUGAAGAAGCUUUUUGAUAAAACUGUGUCAUUUUUAGUUAUGACAAUAAAGUGAGUCUUUGUAUUUUGUCUGAUUUCUUGUUUUAUAUUGACAGAAAUAUAGAAUAUAUAUUAAAGAUAGGUGUUGUGACAGUUAUUUCAUCCAUUGGUUUGGGGCUGUUUUGAUGCAUUGACGUUGACAUUUCAAAUGUAACCAAUAACUGAUUUUUAAUUUGGAUUAUUUUUAUGGGCUGUGGCCUGUCACCUACCCCGCCCCUCUUCACACGUACUCCACUACAGUUAAUGCGGGAGGCGGAAGAAGGUUCAGUUCAAAUUCUGCACCCUGUCUAUGAAAAAGUUCCAUCUCACGUAUGCAACUUGGCCUGGCAAUGUAUGUACACACUUAAUUUUAGUGCCAAUUUUUAGAAUUAAAACACACAAUUGCAUAAUAAAUGUGUAACUUAAAUAUAAAUUAAGUCGAGAGGGUUUUUAGCAGAGGGGGCAUUAUAAUGAGACCCCAUCGUGCACGUUUAGGUCACAAAAUGUUGCAGUCUCUCAUGCUUCUAAAAUGCAACCAAACACUACUUUAAACUCACUUCCCAUGAUGUAAUUUUUAAGGGCCAUGUUGUUUGUAGUGUUUAUAAAUGACCCUUUCAUGUGUUUAUCCUUGGUGGUGAGCUUUGAAUAACAAAGUAUUUUGCCUCAGCAGUUUGUCAGGGAAAUACUUGUAGUUUGGCCUUUCAGUGUCUGACCUCUUUGAAGAUACAUUGACAUGUUAUAUUUCAUUGCAUUUUAGAUGCUGAUAUUUGGCGUUGUUUUUUCUUUCUAUUUUAUGGAAUAGUGGUUCCAGUUUUUUUCUUUUACAAUAAUACACCUUUACAAAAAAAAUCACCCAAGUUCAGUUAUAUCCGAUUUAUCAAACAAGAAAUAUUUGUGGUGUAAUAGAAAUAAACAGGCCACUGUUCUAGAUUAAGAUAUGUUGUAGAAAAUUGUACAUAUUUGUGCAUGGUUUGAUAUUGUUUUGAAAAUGAGAAAAAAAUGAAGAUGCAAGUAUUAAAUAUUUGUUUGAUACAUUCCA